GCGCGCCGGCAGCAAGAGAGGACCCGGGCGCGACCGCGUCCCCUCGGGUCCUUGAGCCGGUGGCUACGGCGGAGCUAUGGCCUUGAGGCUGCUGAGACUGGUGCCCGCGUCCGCGCAGGGCCUCGCGGCGGGGCCCCAGCGCUUGGCAGGAAUCCACACGGGUGUGCAGUGCCCACGGCAGUACGGCCCACUGGCGUUUGUGCUCGGCGAGAGAACAACCAAAAAGCUGACGGAAUCCAGCAAAGUGAUAACGGUCGACGGCAACAUAUGCUCUGGGAAGAGCAAGGUCGCGAAAGCGAUCGCAGAGAAGCUAGGCAUGAAGCACUUCCCCGAGGCGGGGGUGCACUAUGUGGACAGCACCACGGGGGACGGCCGGCUCCUGGACCUGGAACUCUCUGGCAACUGCAGCUUGGAGAAGUUCUACGACAAUCCCAGAAGUAACGAUGGCAACAGUUACCGCCUGCAGUCCUGGCUGUACGCCAACCGCCUCCUGCAGUACUCGGACGCCCUGGAGCACCUGCUGAGCACGGGGCAGGGGGUCGUGCUGGAGCGCUCCAUCUACAGUGACUUCGUGUUCAUGGAGGCCAUGUACAAGCAGGGCUUCAUCCGGAAGCAGUGUGUGGACCACUACAACGAGGUGAAGAAGGUGACCAUCUGCCAGUUCCUGCCUCCCCACGUGGCGGUCUACGUCGACGUGCCCGUUCCGGAGAUCCAGAGUCAGAUCCAGAAGAAAGGAGACCCCCACGAGAUGAAGAUCAGCUCCGCCUACCUGCAGGACAUCGAGGACGCCUACAAGAAGACCUUCCUUCCCGAGAUGAGUGAGAAAUCUGAAGUUCUGCAGUAUAGUGGGAGGGAAGCCCAAGACGCAGAAAAGGUGGUGGAGGACAUCCAGUACCUCAAGUAUGACAAAGGGCCGUGGCUCAACCAGGACGACCGCACCUUCCACCACCUGCGGAUGCUGGUUCAGGACAAGCUGCAGGUGCUGAAUUUCACCACCAUUCCCAUCUAUCUCCCGGAAAUCACUGUUGGCGCGCACCAGAGUGACCGGAUGUUCCGAAGGUUCAUGGAGCUGCCAGGCCGCCAGUACAGCCCCGGGUACAACGCGGACGUGGGUGACAAGUGGAUCUGGCUGAAGUGACGGCGCCUCAGCAGCGCCGUGGCGUGGCCACGAGGAGGCUCCGGGCCGUGCAUUCUUGGGACUCCUCCUGCUUCAAAAUCGGGGGAAACGAUCAAAACUCGCUCUGCGGAAGACCCCUCAGUGUUGUUGGGGGUGGGAGGGGGCGUCUUCUGCUCCAGAGGGCUCCCCGCCGUCGGGCUGUGCGUGGACCGACUGGUGACUGUCACUGGGGGGUCUGCCGGGUGACCAGGCUCGGCUGGAGGCUGUCACAUCCUUGCUCAGGGCCCCGUCAUGCGGGUUUGCACGCUGCUGCUUCCGACCUUGACAAAUAAACGGCUCUGAGACGCCUGUCUCGGUA